GGUGGCCGGCCGCAGUGCGCAUGAGUUCGGGGCUGCCUGCUCGGUGGAGCCCGCUCCCGUUCGGAGGUGCCGCUCCAGCCACCUGCCCGUCGCCGUCCUUCGUCCGGGCUCCUUCCCGCUCCUCGCCCAGCCGGUGCGGCUCCCCGCAGCCGAAAUGAGUAAAGCUUGCAGCCUGACGUAGUAUGCUGAUGGCAUUCUGCACUGCAUCGGGAUCCAGCGGUCAAGAAGGUGUGAUGCCUAGAAAUCUCGUGUCAGAUUCUCCUGAAAUGGCAUCCGAGAUCUCUCCAAAGCACGCGCUCGGGAGCGUGGAGAACCGUGGCAGCCAAGCUAAAUGCAGAAAUCUUGCCCUGGAUGAUGAGAGUCUGAAACACUUAACUCACGAAGAGCAGAAUGUUCUCAUGUUCUUUGAGGAAACCAUAGAUGCCUUAGAAGAUGACUUGGAGGAGCCGGUCCUACAUGACAGUGGCAUCCACUGCCAGUCUCCACGGUCAACGGAAGAAAAUGUGUCCAGUCAUUCAGAGACUGAAGAUAUCAUCGACUUAGUACAGUCAACACCUGAGAGCAGUGACCAUGAAGGCCCUCCUAGCAGAGAUGCAGAACCAGUGUCAGAUGCUUCCUGGAGAAGUGAGAGCCCUAAGCCAGCUGUACCUGUACCCGCUGAUCUUCCCCCGUGCCCCCCGGUACCACCACCGUCGAGCUCUGAGACGCUUCCCCUCCCUCCUCCACCACCUCCUCCUCCAGUGCAGCACCCAAAACUGCUUCGCUCGAUCCCCACCCCGCUCAUCAUAGCCCAGAAGAUGUCUGAGCAGCAGAUGGAGGGCAGGGCCCGCUUCCCCAGCGCCCUCAAGGAGGGGAAUUUGGACAGGAAGAAGACCCCCGUAGCCAACGGUAACUCUUCUGCAGCUCUGAAGCACCCUCCUGCACCCGCACCCAAACUGCACCGCUUCCCCAGCAACAUCAACAUCACAAAUGUCAGUGGCAAAGAAUUCAACGAGACUAUUUCAAAAGCAGCCGUUAACGUCCAGGAGCGGAAAGCCCAGGUGCUGGCCAACAUCAGUGGAGGAGCUUUUCUGGCACCUGAUCUGGAGGAGAAGCUGCAGAAAAACGAUUUCUUGUCCCGUAACAGAAGUUCUUCCUUAAGGGAUCUUUCCUCUGAGCAAACGCGAUACGAGGCCCUGACAAAACUUGGCCUAGUUAAGGGAAAGCCAGCUCAGGACCAAGUGGACCAUGCCCCAAGCUCUCAGCAGCUUGAUGUGCAGCCCAAAAAGGCAGACGCUGUUCCCAAUGGAUAUCAAAACAUCCAUGAGAUCCUAAAAAGCGAGCCCAGCCCUUUCCUUCCUAUGGGCAAAACUGUAACAAUCAAACCAGAGGUAGCUCUUGCUGCUAACAAGGUCAGCAGCGGGCAGCAGAACACACCAAAAACCAUUAAUGAUUACAAACAAGCCAGUCUAAACCUGGAUAUGAGGAGGAGGUCAGGUUCUCUGCCUAGACCUUCAGGAUUUCGAUCCCAGGGGAUAACAGUAAAGUUUUCUGGCCGGGGCUCAACAGAAGAAGCGAGGAGAGAGGCGCUUCGGAAACUGGGGCUACUGAAGGAGACUGCGUAAUUCGGAUGGGAAGGUUUUGGUAACUGGGUGGAAGUCGUAGCGUGGCUUUGUGCUGGAAUUGUCCCGACAGGAUUGGGAUCAAACAAACUGGAAGACGAAAGGGGAAGUUCUCUGUUUCUGACAAGCUAAGGAGGUACUAGACGCUGUGGAAUGACCACUCGUGUUCAUCCCAGAAGGACUGACAUGGAGAGUGGUGGGUUUCGGCUCUCCUUCCUACAGGGAUACUCAUCUGUUGCUCUUUGUGACUAAGAGGAGUUUUAUUUAAGUAACGCUGAACUGUAGCAGGCAGCGUCUUGUGAAUGAAGUGUACAGAGCAGUAUUGUUGUACAUAGCAAACUGAGGGGCGAAUCUGCUGCCUUUUUCGCUCUUUCUGAAGCCAAAAAUGAGAGCUCCAUUUGUCUUGCCCACAUGUGUAUGUCUGUUCCUGGGAGCUCGAGAUAAUGUCCAAACUGAAAUUUCUGACCAGCGUGAACACGCUGCUUGUUGUUUUUUUUUUGUUGUUGUCUGUAUUAUCUGGCUUGGCUUCGUUCCCCCACCACCCGUGGUGGAGUCCUCCUCUUCCUUGUGGUG